AUGACUAAUGAUCAUCUUCCCGAUGCUAUAUUUACCUCCAUUGGAAUGUUUAUAAUCGAUGAAAUCCAUUUUCCACCACCAAAACCUUCACAGACAAAUGUCAUUGGCGGAGGAGGCACUUUUGGUGCCAUUGGCUCUAGGAUCAUCUUAUCAUUGAACAAUCCUCGAUUAGUUGGUUGGAUACUCGAUGAAGGUUCUGACUUCACAGAGGAAAUGAGGAAUGAAAUCCUUAGCUGGGACACUGGUGUCAUUGUAAGAUCUUCAUCCGAAAGAUUGACCACAAAAGGUUGGAAUAUGUAUGGUGAAAGAGAAUUCAGGUCUUUCAAGUUUUUAACUCCGAAAAAAAGAAUUGACAUAAAUGAUAUUGUUUUAUUUAGGUCAUUAAGAAAUUCGAAAUCUUUUCAUUUUAUUUGUUCCCCAAAGAGAUGUAGCGAAGUCUGUGCUCAAAUGUCACAGAUAUCAGCAGCACCUGAAAGCAUAGUCGUUGCGUGGGAACCCUUGCCUGAUGAUUGUGUUCCAGAGAAUUUGCAAAAGUGUUUAGAGGCUUUAAAUGAUGUUGAUAUUUUCACCCCAAAUGCCGAAGAAGCUUCUAGGUUUUUCCAAAUAGAUGAGCCAUCAGAUUGUCUUAAAUUAGAAGAGCUAGCUCAUAAAUUUCUUUGUUUUAUGUCUAAAAAUAAUACAUAUAACACCGGUUCUGGGGUUGUUUUGAGGUGUGGUUCUAAAGGUUGUUAUGUCGUUUCCACUAAUAAUGUUUGUAAAUGGUUACCUGCAUACCAUGAUCCAAUACUAAAUAAAAAUCCAAAGGUAAUAGAUCCAACUGGAGGAGGAAACUCGUUUGUUGGUGGUUUUGCAACUGGAUUUAUUUUAUCGAAAGGUGACUGGGAAAUUGCUGGAAUAUGUGGCAAUAUUGCUGCUGGUUUGGUAAUUGAACAAAUUGGUACGCCAUCUUUAACAAAAGGACCAAAUAAUCAAGCAAUUUGGAAUGGAGAACCUUUCAAAGAUAUAAUCUUUAAUUAUUUGAAGAUUUCCAAUUCAAGCAUUUCUUUUGAUCAUCUUUUAAAAGUACUUUCUGCCAGCAACUUUUAA